CCCAAAAAAAACGAAGUGUAUUAUUGGCUUUUGACCCGCAUUUUGCUUGUUUUAUUCAUCAUCAACCUCAUUUUCACCUUUUCAGUUUAGACACUCACCCACCCUUUAACAUUUCUUCCUUUUUAAGCUGUAUAUAUUUGGAUCUUUCCUUACAUUUUCCUGCAUAAGCUUCUUCACAUAACCUUAACCCAUAUAAAAGCUUAUUGUGGGAGUUUCCGUUUGGUACUCAUAUUAUUAAUUACUGACACUGCAUUAUAAUUUCUGAAUACAACUACUAUUAAUGUAUACCCUUUCUAAAUUUAGUUACUUUUUGUAAUAUUCCUUCAUAUUAUGAGUUUUAGACCCAUUUUUCUUAAUCCUUGCUGAUUUUAUCCAUCUGGGUUUCUUACAUUUUAUCUCAUUUAGUUUCUUGCACUUUGAGUGAAAGGAAAGUUUUAGUUGAAAUCUUGAAAAGUCAUGUAAUUUAUAGGCAUUUGGGUUUUUUUGUGCUUAGUGAUCUUGCUCCUGUAAAUUUGGAGUGGUAGAUCCACUUUCUGAAAAGCUUAAGUGUUAAAAAGUCAAAAUUUCUUUGAAAGUUUAGAUCUUGAACUAUGGAGGAGACAUUUAUACCAUUCCAAGGAAUAAAAAAUGAUCUCAAAGGAAGAUUCAUGUGUUAUAAGCAGGAUUGGACUGGUGGGAUCAAAGCAGGAUUCAGGAUUUUAGCUCCUACUACAUAUAUUUUCUUUGCAUCAGCAAUUCCUGUCAUUUCCUUUGGGGAACAGCUUGAGAGAGAUACAGAUGGAGUUCUAACAGCAGUACAGACAUUAGCAUCUACUGCACUUUGUGGCAUUAUACACUCUAUUAUUGGAGGUCAACCCUUGCUGAUCCUAGGAGUUGCUGAACCGACAGUUAUAAUGUACACAUUCAUGUUUAAUUUUGCCAAAGACCGGCCCGAAUUGGGUAGGAAUUUGUUCUUAGCUUGGGCAGGAUGGGUUUGUGUGUGGACAGCACUGUUACUGUGCUUUAUGGCAAUCUUAGGGGCUUGCUCCAUAAUCAAUCGGUUCACCCGUUUGGCUGGAGAAUUGUUCGGCCUUCUAAUAGCCAUGCUCUUCAUGCAGCAAGCCAUUAAGGGACUAGUGGAUGAGUUCAUCACACCUAAGCGAGCAAAUCCCAAGUUGACAGAGUAUCUGCCUUCAUGGAGAUUCGCAAAUGGAAUGUUUGCUUUGGUUCUGUCAUUCGGACUUAUGCUGACAGCACUACGGAGCAGAAAAGCAAGAUCAUGGCGCUAUGGGUCAGGUUGGCUCCGAAGCUUGAUAGCAGAUUAUGGAGUUCCUCUCAUGGUUCUAGUAUGGACGGGUCUUUCUUACAUACCUACAAAAACUGUUCCGCAUGGAAUCCCUAGACGCCUUUUUAGCCCAAACCCAUGGUCCCCUGGUGCAUACGAGAAUUGGACUGUCAUCAAGGAUAUGCUUGAUGUUCCCGUUCUAUACAUAAUCGGAGCUUUUAUCCCCGCAACAAUGAUAGCAGUCCUGUACUAUUUCGAUCAUAGUGUAGCAUCUCAACUUGCACAACAGAAAGAGUUUAAUUUGAGAAAGCCUCCGUCUUUCCACUAUGAUCUACUCCUUUUGGGAUUUAUGACAUUAUUCUGUGGUCUUAUCGGUAUUCCUCCAGCAAACGGAGUCAUCCCGCAAUCUCCUAUGCAUACAAAGAGUCUAGCUACCCUAAAACACCAGCUUCUCCGUAACCGCCUUGUGGCCACGGCUAAGAAAAGCAUGAAGUUGAACGCGAGUCUAGGACAGUUGUACGGUAAUAUGCAAGAAGCAUAUCAGCAAAUGCAGACCCCUCUUAUCUAUCAGCAGCCUUCAGCUUAUGGACUCAAAGAGUUGAAAGAUUCAACUAUUCAAGCGGCUGCGAGCAUGGGGCACAUCGAUGCCCCAGUGGACGAGAGUGUGUUUGAUGUCGAGAAGGAGAUAGAUGAGCUGCUCCCUGUCGAGGUUAAAGAGCAGCGUGUCAGUAACCUACUUCAAUCAGUCAUGGUUGGUGGCUGUGUUGCGGCCAUGCCUAUCCUUAAAAUGAUCCCAACCUCGGUUCUUUGGGGAUACUUCGCGUUCAUGGCCAUUGAAAGCUUACCGGGCAAUCAGUUUUGGGAACGGAUUCUGCUUCUCUUCACUGCACCAAGCAGACGAUACAAGGUUCUAGAAGACUACCAUGCAACCUUUGUGGAAACAGUACCUUUCAAAACCAUUGCGAUUUUCACCGUUUUUCAGACACUAUAUCUGCUGGUGUGCUUCGGAAUUACAUGGAUCCCAAUAGCCGGGGUUUUGUUUCCUCUUAUGAUCAUGCUUUUAGUUCCUGUAAGACAAUACAUUUUACCCAAGUUCUUCAAAGGAGCCCAUCUGCAGGAUUUAGAUGCAGCCGAAUUUGAAGAGUCUCCCGCUUUACCCUUCAAUCUUGCAACGGAAAUGGAGCUGGCAUCGGGAACUACUCUUGCUGGGGAUGCAGAGAUAUUAGACGAAAUGGUGACUAGAAGUCGUGGUGAAAUAAGGCGCAUAUCUAGUCCGAAGAUUACGAGCUCAACAGCAACGCCAACACAAGAGAUCAAAGGCAUUCAUAGCCCGCGUCUUGCAGCAUACAGUCCUCGUGUGCGCGAACUUAGGGGAGAAAUAAAUCCCCAGUCUGGUAGGACAGGGCCAAGUCCGAGAUCAGUAGAAACUCGAGCCUUGAAUCUAGGAAAAAGUCCUGAAGUUCCUAAAAACUAAAGUUGGAACUAGGGUUCAAGCAUAUUUUUUCUAUUUUUGGUCUAAGUUUUAGGGAGUGUUAAAAUUAAGAUAUGCUUGCAGCAAUUAGUGCUGUUUAAAUAUGAUUGUAUUAAUCAAAAUGUAUAAUCUUCUAUGUUAUUCCUUCAUAAAGCUUGUGACCCUGCCUGUUCUUGAUUAUACCAGCAAAUACUGGGAAUACAUAAUAUAUUGUUCUUUGACUUGUAUAUCACUAAUUCAAUAUGUCAUAGUUUUUUUAGUGUAAAUUUAGAGGGAUAGAGGAGAACCGAAUGAAUUUGGAAUCAAUACAACCUCAUGAUAUCCUUUACAC